AUGGCCAACGUAAACGAGGUCAUCGAUCGCCAGAUCGAUCCUAUGGUACGUCGUGGAGCUGCAAGAGCGCUCGUCCUCCUCUCCCAGCUGACCUCGCACAGGGACACAUCAAUCCGGAUGUCCCAGCUCUCACCGAGAAGCAGAAUGUCUUCAGCGUCCCCGACGACCAGUCCUCCUCGGGCAAUGACAAGGAAUUCGAAUUCGAGAAGACGACGACCACCUAUGUCGGCGAGCUGGAGGAGGCAGAGCUGAAGGCGGAGGACCUCGAGCGCAGCACAGACCCGUUCACUCCCUUCGACGACCUGCCGGAGGAACGACACUACAUUGUGACCGUCCGUGCCGUUCUUCUCGGCGUCGUCUGUGGCGCCCUGGUGAAUGCCUCCAACAUUUACCUGGGUCUGAAGACGGGUUGGACGUUCGGUGCCUCGCUCUUUGGUGCCAUUAUCGGUUUCGCAGUCCUGAAGCCGCUGGGGAGAGCGCUGCCCGAGUCCUUUCCCAUCUUGGGAGGCGCCUUCGGUCCUCGCGAAAACAAUAUUGUCCAGACAGCCGCGACUGCUGCUGGUGGUCUGUCCAGUGUCUUCAUCUCGGGCAUUCCAGCUCUGUACCAGCUGAACCUGCUCUCGACUCCCAAGGAGGACUUCACUCGUCUCAUCACCCUGACCAUCGUUGGGGGCUACUUCGGAUUCGCCUUCUCCACUCCGCUGCGAAAGUUCUUCAUCAUCUACGUCGCUCGGGAGUUGAAGCUGGUCUUCCCCACGCCAUCGGCCACCGCCAUGACCAUUCGAAGCAUGCACAUGGCCGCGACGGGUGAGGCGAUUGCCAAGCUGAAGAUGAGGGCUCUCGGCUUUGCCUUCUCCGCUGCCUUCCUGCUCCGUGUCGUCUCACAAUAUGCCACGGGCAUCCUGUGGGACUGGCACUUCUUCACCUGGAUCUACAUUUGGUCUGGCUACAGCGACUCUGCUCUCGCAGCCGAAAACUGGGGCUGGGUGCUCGAAUGGACUCCAGCUUUCAUCGGCGCUGGCAUGCUCGUCGGCCUGAACACUGCCAUUUCUUUCUACGCUGGCUCUGUUCUCGCCUGGGGUAUCAUCGGGCCGUCACUCGUGGCCAGCGGCGCCGCCUUCGGUACCCAACUCUACCCGGAGAGCGAGUACCCCGACUCGUACCAGCACUGGCGUCCCCUCAUCAGCUACGCCUCUCUCGGCACGAAAGCUGCCACCAAGACCACUCCCAGCCCGCGCUUCUGGCUGCUGUGGCCUGGUGUCUUGCUCAUGAUCGUCGUCUCCUUCGUCGAGCUCGGUCUUCAGUACAAGGUCUUCUUCUACGUCUGCAAAGCCGUCUACCGCGGCUCCUGCGCCGGUGUCGCCGCCGGUCUCCGCAAGAUGGGCAGGCCAAACCCCAGCCUUGAAGCCAAGGGCUCGCAGAGCAAAGAUCAACUCGUCCAGGACUUCGCCCGGGAGGAGGAACUCGUCAAGUGGUGGAUGUGGCUCCCCCUCCUCAUUCUCGUCAUCAUCUGCACUUGCGUCGUCAUGGCCGUGCAAUUCGACAUGCCCGUCGGAAUGUCCCUGCUCUCCAUUUUCCUGGCCUUCUUCUUCUCCUUCCUCGCGGUGCAGUGUACGGGCGUCACCGAUAUCACCCCUCUGACCGCCGCUUCCAAGGCCUCUCAGAUCGUCCUCGGAGGCGCUACCAAGGGCGAACACUGGCAGACCCAACACGCUCAGCGUCUCAACCUUCUCGGAGGCUCCCUCGCUUCCAUCGGCGCCGGCCAAGCUGCCGAUCUCACAUCGGAUUUCCGCGUAGGCUUCCUGCUCAAGACCUCGCCCAAGCAACAAUGGAUGGCACAGGGUCUCGGCACCAUUGUCGCCGUUUUCCUCGCCCCGGCACUGUUCAUGCUCUUCGCAAAGGCAUACCCUUGCAUCCUGGACGUCAACGCGGAGACCUGUCCCUUCACCGCGCCCUCCGUCUCGGCCUGGAGAGCGGUGGCCGUCGCCAUGACGGAUAAGACCUUCCCCGUCCCCACCUCUUCUGGCAUCUUCUCCAUCAUCUUCGCCAUCUUCGGCGCCGCCAUGAUCGUGAUCCGCCAUUAUGCCUACCGCGGCAAGUGGGAGAAAUACCGAGUCUACCACCCCAAUAUGAUGUGUAUCGGUGCGUCCUCCUUCCCUUCUUCCACACUGACACACAUGCUAACGAUUUUUUCCCUUUUCCAGGCCUCGCCUUCGUCCUCCCCCAGACCUACUACGGCCUCGCCAUGGUCAUGGGCGCCCUCCCGUGCUACUUCUGGGCCAAGCGAAACCCCAAAUCCUUCGACAUCUACGGCUACGCCAUCGCCGCCGGUCUCAUUGCCGGAGAGGGCAUCGGCGGCGUCGUGAAUGCGAUUUUCCAGGUCGCGGGCAUUGCCGGUCCCACGCCGUAUGGGACGCAGGUGGGGUGUCCGGCGUAUUCUUGUUGA